GAGACUCGGAGCGGGUGACUGGGACUCUGCAUGCCGCGUGCUGGAGCCGGGGUGCAGGCAGGGGCGGGGGGGGUGUCGCGGCGUGGGGCCGGGCUCCUCCCGCGCCCCCGCAGCGCUCUAUUUUUAGCAGGCGCUGUUGCAAUAUAAGGAAUGCGCCGCGCGCCGGGCACUCCCGGCGCGCGCGGCUGCGCGGCCGCUUUAAGGAGGCGCCGGGGUGGGGACGGGCCAGAGCGACCGGCGGGCCCGCGGGCCGGGAGCCGUCAGUCCGGCGCGAGCAUGGAGGAGGCGGCCUGAGGGCCAGAGCCCAGACCGGGCUGGAGCGCGCGUUAUCUGAGCUGCUUAUAAAUCGACAAGUCAGUUAUCCCUGGGGUUGGUUCCUGAGCUUGAUUGAUCACCUGGAACCAGGGAGAACCUCUGGGCUCUGACGAACUGAACUAGCUCCUGGGGUGAGUGGCUCUAACAUCAGUUGGAACUGCAUGGUGACCAGCCUGCUGGAUCGAGUCUGACCCACCAGAAACAUGGCAACCAGCGCUGUCCCCAGUGACAACCUCCCCACCUACAAGCUGGUGGUGGUGGGAGACGGGGGUGUGGGCAAGAGUGCCCUCACCAUCCAGUUUUUCCAGAAGAUCUUUGUGCCUGACUACGACCCCACUAUCGAAGACUCCUACCUGAAACAUACAGAGAUUGACAAUCAGUGGGCCAUCUUGGACGUUCUGGACACGGCCGGGCAGGAGGAGUUCAGUGCCAUGCGGGAGCAGUACAUGCGCACAGGGGACGGCUUCCUUAUCGUCUACUCGGUCACAGACAAGGCCAGCUUCGAGCACGUGGACCGCUUCCAUCAGCUCAUCCUGCGUGUCAAGGACAGGGAAUCAUUCCCCAUGAUCCUCGUGGCCAACAAAGUCGAUUUGAUGCAUUUGAGGAAAAUCACCAGGGAGCAAGGAAAAGAAAUGGCGACCAAACACAAUAUUCCGUACAUAGAAACCAGUGCCAAGGACCCACCUCUCAACGUCGACAAAGCCUUCCAUGACCUGGUUAGAGUAAUCAGGCAACAGAUUCCGGAAAAAAGCCAGAAGAAGAAGAAGAAAACCAAAUGGCGGGGAGACCGGGCCACUGGCACCCACAGACUGCAGUGCGUGAUAUUGUGACGGUGAACUGGCCAGCCCUCGGCAUCCCCACCGCCUGACCUCACUGAAAACCAUUUCUAACCACGACCCUGGACCCGAGGACUUGGCACAGGAAGGCAGAAAGGGAGGGUAGGCGGGGUGGAAAUAAGGUCUGGCUUUGCCGAAAGGGCGCAGGCUUUCCCACGUCUUAUCAGACACAAGGAACCAACGCUCAAGAGAAGUAGCCUCCAAGACCCUCGUGUUGUCAGCCCAGUUCCUCCCGCUCUCCUGGUGGCUGUAUUGUUUGUUUGAGCUGCAUAGUGUUGGUUUGGUGUGGACGUGUAUAUCCACGUGCAGAGAGCAAAACAAGCCAUGAUCAAGCUCCCCCCUCGUCUCCAGUCCAUGGCGUCUGAGCUCGGGUGUCUUUUGUAGAUUUUUAAAUUAUUUUAGUGAUUGUAAUUGCAUCAUAGGGGUCUGUAUCCACUGCCUGGUGAAGUUUCAACGCUUCAGCAGACCUCUCUGAUAACAUGUCUGGAAUAUUGUGGUGGUGGUGGUUGUUUUUCAACUGAGUUUCCCCAGCGGUGCCAAAACUCAGCUCAAUAUGAACCCACAGUGACUGAGCGACGGGAAAUUAAUGAGGACGGUUGCUGGAGGCCUCCUGAGAAACAGACCCUGCUCAUGGCCUAUAAUCUAGAGAGGAGAGAGAUGUGUUUACCUGGAGGGUUUUAUUACAGAUAUUAGGAAACAAUUGUAUUUUGCUGAGGGGAGAGGCUGGCGUGAGGAUGUCAGUUCUAAAAGGGGUUUUCAUGAUCCUGAAAAGGUAUAAAGUAAGCAGAUUGGCUUUGUGGAAGUGUUCAUUUCUUUUUCAGACAGUGUGGGUUCAGUUCUGUUCUUCCCGGCUGGGUGAGAGGAAUUCCACACAUCACCUGGGCGGCCUGGUACCUCCCUGAAACAGACACACUGACACAGGCAUGUAUGUUUCUCCACGUCAGAGUCAGCUGCUGGAAACACCAUCAGGACAUUCUAGUUCGUGCUGAGUCUUAACCAAAAGUAAUCCAAUACUGUUAUUACUAAAACCGCACCAAGACUGAAGCCAUCUUCCCUGAGUCAACGGAUGACCACUUCGUAAGCCCAGCAAAGGGACAACCCCCUUAAGCAUUUGCAAACUGAGCAUUAGGCUGCCUUUCCGGCGCACACUUUUAUUAACCUCUCGGAUUAGAGGAGAAAGGAAGGUUGGGGUGAUGCCAUAGCUCUCAUACACCAGUUUCUACCAGGGGACAGUCCCCCAGCUCCCUGACAGUGCCCAUCUUCCUCUCAAGUGUUGCUGGUGGGAGCCAAAGACUGGAUUUGGGGGGCCAAGGUGGGGGUGGAAGGGCAGUAGGACAUCCGUGCACCUCUGAGAGAAGGGCAGAAGAUGACGUGGCAUGACUAGUGACCUCAUUUUCCACAGGUUAGUUAUCCGGCCACUAGGCAAACUAGAACAUACCCAGCAGGUGGCCUGGCCACUGUUUGCAGAAAGAACCCUGGGGAAAGUGAGUGUCCAACUGGACAUUGGGACACCUGGAUCCUUCUCCAGUUUUGAAAGUGUGCUGAGUUCCUAGCUCUGCAAGAUCACCAGCCCAGAGGGGCCCAGCUGAAGAGUGACUCUGCUGCAGGAUGAAACUUGGGGACUUUCGUUAGUUGGAAAUCAAACUUCUUUAUUUGUCUAAAUGGCUCUUUUUUCUCACCCUAAAGGGAAGGAUAACAAGAAACAUUCCAGAUCAGGCACCUCAGAGCUUCCCACGAUCCUGUAAUGUUCAUGGGCGUUUUAAACACUAAGAGAACAAGGCUCUUUCCAACCUUUAGGCUCCUCUGAGCCACAUCGCAGCAGCCCAAGGGCAGUUUGAAGGCUGGAGACGAGGAAGAGGCAAGGCAGGUGGGAAGAAGUAAGGAUGGAGAUGCUCUGUGUUGAGGGAGUGGCGGAGUGGGACAAGAAGCCCGGCACACAGGGCAGCGUCCACUGCUGGCACACUUCUACCGGGCAUGAGUCGUGCCAGCACACCCCUGCCCGCUGUGGAGCUGGCAACGCCCUGAGGUCACUGCAUGGGGAGUCUGGUUGGAAGCAGAUCAGCUGACCUAGAUCGAAGCCCUCAGCCAUGAAGGUACCAGAAAAGGGGUUCCAACCGCUUCUAGUCUCCCCCACCACCACCCAACAGGGGCAGUGCCCCCUCUUCCAGGGCCUCUGUCUGGCACGCAGCCUCAGCGUAAAUCCACGGUGCCUGAGAGAGGAACUGGUUAAGGAAUGGGCUUCUGCAGCCCCUGCUGCUGAGCCAGUGGUCAGCCUUCCUCUCCCGUGACCUCAUUUUUCCAUAGGUGAGAUGGGUAAAUAACACUUGUAAAAGUCAGUUCUUUAUGUUUUGGGGAACCAGGGGCCUUUGUGGCAGUGGCGGCUUCCAGAGAGGUCAGAAUGGAAUGUGCCCUGGGACAUCCCCAAUAGUUUUCUCCAUGGGUACCUGGCAGGGGCAAUCUGGGGAACCAGUGGCCGUGCUACUCCAUGACGGAGGAGCUCAAUGGGACUUCAGUCUUUGGUGACAUCCUGGUAUUCCCACUGGUUUUCCAGCUCACGUGAAUAAUGCUACCUUCACAUCCCUUGGAGUAUACACUUCCUGAACUCCCCUCCAUGCCUUUGCCACUGUGCUCAGAUUUCUUCUAAAAUUCUACCCCCGCCCCUUGAGGGCUCCUUUUCUCCCCAAUAGGUAAUCCUAGCCAUCCUCUCUCCCCAACACAGCCUGCGGCUGUGGCCACUGACUUCCUCUGCACUUCACCACACAGGGACAGACACAGGGUGGUUUCUCUUUGGACUCUGCCCCCUACCUUCCUGGGGCGCUUGCUGUGGAGAGUGCCUGGUAGCCUAGUAUGGCCUGUCUCACUUUGCCAGGAGAUGUGAACCCCUAACACGUGGCAGCUCUAACCCAGAAACCCUUCAUGUGUUACAGUAAAUCCAGAGCCAUGGACAGGCUCCCUCCACUAGCAGCCCACUGGAUUAGAAAUUCCAUGGCGGGUUUACUCAGAAGGAAAGAUACUUGAAUUAUGGCGCGCCUGUGAGCGCCCAGAUUCUGUUACACAGAAUUAACAGGUGGCCAUUGUCGUGAAACGAGAGUGAUGCCUGAAGAUCUCCAUGAUGCUUGAGCCUUUUAUGUAACUUUUUAUUAAGUCUUUGUGUAUCUCAACUCAUUAAUAAAGAAAAGAAGAGGAG